AUGACCAAUAUAUAUCUGAAUCCAGAUAUGCUAUAUCAUAUAAAUUCCACAGUGCAGUAUUAUAUAACAGAAUGGUUCAAACAGCAACAACUACAAUUCGAAAAUGAUCCAAGAAAUUCUAACUACAUUUACCGUAUUGUCCAAUACUUUUCAGAGUCUUCAACAACAACAUUAAUAUUGACGUUCGUUUCCCUAAUAUUCUUCUAUAAAUGGCUUUUCAAUCAAUUCACCCCUAAUGGUAAGAUUAAGCCCGCCAGAUUUACCAUACCAAUUCCAGAUGCUGUUAGACCAAAUUGGAAAAGUAAGAGAUUAUUGAAUCCAUCAAUUACAAUUGAACAAGAUUCUACAAUAAUUCAAAGUUAUUGUCCUGCCACGGGCCAAUUAUUAGGUCAAUUCAAAUCAAUGACCAAAUCACAAUUAGAUGAACAAAUAGAGCAAGCUGAAAGAGCACAAAUUGAAUUUGGUAAUUCUUCCAUGGAUAGAAGGUUCAAAAUAUUAUUGACACUGCAUGACUUCAUUAUAAAUAAUCAAGAUUUAAUUACAAAAAUUGCUUGUAGAGAUUCAGGGAAAACGAAAUUAGAUGCAUCUAUGGGUGAGAUCUUGGUCACUUUAGAGAAGAUUUCAUGGUUACUUAAGCAUUCUUCCAGGAUCUUAUCACCUUCUAAACGUUCUGGACCAACUAAUUUCUUUAUGAAAUGGUACAAGAAGGCAGAAAUUAGAUAUGAACCAUUAGGGGUAGUAGCUGGGAUUGUAUCAUGGAAUUAUCCAUUCCAUAAUCUUCUAGGUCCUAUAAUAGAUUCUAUCGUUACAGGUAAUGCCAUCAUUAUGAAAUGUUCAGAACAAGUUGUAUGGUCAUCUGAAAUAUUUAUUGAUUUAGUUAAAAAGGCUCUUAUCGCGUGUGAUGAAGAACCAAAUUUAGUUCAGUUAUUCUAUUGUUUACCACCCUCCCCGAACUCUAAUGAUGAUACAGCCAAUUAUUUCACAUCAAGACCACAAUUUAAAUCUCUAACUUUCAUUGGAAGUCAACCUAUUGCCAAACAAAUUCUUAAAUGUACGGCAGAUCCAAUUACCCCUGUUGUAGUGGAAUUGGGUGGUAAAGAUUCAUUAAUUGUGUUGGAUUCAUUCGCAUCUUCAGAUUUGCAAUCCUUAUCAUCUAUUAUUAUGAGAGGUACAUUUCAAUCAUCUGGACAAAAUUGUAUUGGUAUUGAAAGGAUAAUUGUGAGUGCCAAGCAUUAUGAGAAAUUAACUCAAAUACUUUCUGACAGAAUUACAUUUUUUCCAUUACGCCAAGGUUCGGACAUUGAUUCACAAUCUUCUUCUUCUUCUUCUUCCUCGAGACCAAAUCCCUUAGAUAUAAUUGAUAUGGGUGCCAUGAUUUCAAAUAACAGAUUUAAACAGUUGGAGGAAUUAGUUCAAGACGCUGUAAGUAAAGGUGCCAAAUUAAUAUAUGGUGGUACUCCUUAUGUUCAUCCCAAUUAUCCUCAAGGCCAUUAUUUCAAACCAACUUUGUUGAUAGAUGUUACACCUGAAAUGAAUAUUGCUCAACAGGAGGUAUUUGGUCCUAUUAUGUGUGUUAUGAAGGCUCGUGAUACAAAUGAUUGUGUUUCAUUAGCGAAUUCUGCACCAUUUGGUCUCGGUGGUUCUGUUUUUGGUAAAGAUCUUGAUGAAUGUAAUUAUGUUGCUAACCAAUUAAAGACAGGUAAUGUUGCUAUUAAUGAUUUCGCCACAUUUUAUGUUUGUCAAUUACCAUUUGGUGGUAUUCAUGGUUCAGGGUAUGGAAAAUUCGGUGGUGAAGAAGGGCUAUUACGUUUAUGUAAUGCAAAGAGUGUUUGUUAUGAUAGGUUUAGCUUUAUUAAGACUCAAAUUCCUCCACCUUUAGAUUAUCCCAUUAAGAAUGACAAGAAAUCUUGGAAUUUUGUUAAAAGUUUCAUUACUGGUUCUUAUACUACUUCCAAAUGGCAAUUAAUUAAAUCACUGCUCUCCUUAGCUAAGGAAUCUAAAUAA